CCACAACUUGUCUCAGUCGAAUUGAAAAACUCAAGCCUUCAACAUGGAUAUGGAUUUAAACAACGACUUGGAGAAACGCAUUUCGGAUGCCUUUUGUGUGUUUGAUCAUCAUGGCGACAAGUUCAUAGACGUGCGAGAAGUUGGCACUGUUCUCAGACUUUUGGGCUGUGUUCCCACUGAGGAGGAGGUAAACGAGGUUAUUUCGGCCACAGAAUCGGAGGAGACCAGUGGCGAAGUGCAUUUGACCAAAUUUUUGCCCCAUGUCUCGCAGUUGCUAAUGGAAAGAAAAAUGGAACCCGCUCCGCCGGAGAAAAUUCUGCAAGCCUUCAAGAUAUUGGAUCCGGAAAAUAAGGGCUACUUGACCAAGGAAACUUUUGGGAAACUCAUGAUGGAGGAGGGUGAACCUUUCACCCAGGAGGAGAUGGAUGAGAUGUGGCCAGUGGCCAUAGAUCCAAUAAGCGGACACAUACCUUAUGAGUUCUACUUGAAUCAGUUAAUGGUUUAUUUGUAAAAGAGUACCUGGAAUUUAAUAAAGAGUUGAAAACCUU